AUCCCACACAACCCCCUCCCCCUCAAAUCCCACACCCCCUCCCCCUCAAAUCCUGUUCCCUGCCUCCUCUCACACACAGCCCCCGAAGGCCCUUCCAGCCUAGAGCCUGCUCCCAGCAGCUUCCCAAAUGAAGGUGAAGGACUGAGCAGGGGGAGGCUGUUUAUCUAACCCCCCCCCGACCCCCAUAAAGACAUCCAGGCCAUUCCCCUCAUUUGGAGCCAACUGAAAAGGGAUUCUCUCGUUGAUGAGGGAGAGUCAAGUGGCCACCUCCUGCUGCUUGCAGAAGGAGCUCCAUUCCACAGGAUCCCCACCUUCCUCCCCCCUCCCCCAACCACCUCUCUUUCUGCCUCUCUCUCUCUCUCCCUUCCCCUCUCGCUGUUUUUGAGCUUGUGAAUGAUGGACUCUGACUCCAUACUCCAUGACAAGAUAGUGGAAUACAUGAAUGCGUCUGGACGCGAUGACCUUAAUGAGGCUGAACCCCCUAAGAAACUUGUAUUGGGAAAGAACACAUUUAAUCAGACGAAACUCAGCAAUGGCACGCCGAGCAUGAUACCAACGAAGCAGCAUGCACCAUCGACCAGCUAUGAGAAACAGAAGGAGCAGUGUGUAAAAUACUUCGACCAGUGGACUGAAACCGAUCAGGUGGAAUUUGUCGAGAACCUGAUAUCCCGAAUGUGUCACUACCAACACGGGCACAUCAACUCUUACCUUAAGCCCAUGCUUCAGAGGGACUUCAUCACGGUGCUGCCAGCCCGUGGCCUGGACCACAUUGCAGAGAACAUCCUGUCGUUCCUGGAUGCCCGCUCCCUGUGUGCCGCUGAGCUGGUCUGUAAGGAGUGGUACCGGGUCAUAUCCGACGGGAUGCUCUGGAAGAAACUGAUGGAGCGAAUGGUGCGCACGGAUUCCCUCUGGAAGGGGUUAUCAGAGAGGAGGGGAUGGAUCCAGUAUCUGUUCAAAAACAAGCCCUCUGAUGGAAUGUUGCCUCCAGAUUCCUUCUACAGAUCACUGUAUCCCCAGAUCAUACAGGACAUUGAGACCAUUGAAUCCAACUGGAGGUGUGGGCACCAUGGUUUACAGCGUAUACACUGCCACAGCGAAACUAGCAAAGGUGUCUAUUGUUUACAGUACGAUGAUGAGAAAAUCAUCAGUGGUCUACGAGACAACACUAUCAAGAUCUGGGAUAAGAACACGCUGGAAUGUAAGAAUGUUCUUACAGGACACACUGGCUCUGUGCUGUGUCUACAGUAUGAUGACAAAGUGAUUAUCACUGGUUCCUCAGACUCCACAGUCAGAGUGUGGGACGUUGGAACGGGUGAGAUGUUAAAUACAUUGAUCCAUCACUGUGAAGCUGUGCUCCAUCUGCGUUUCACCAAUGGAAUGAUGGUCACCUGCUCCAAGGAUCGAUCCAUCGCGGUGUGGGAUAUGAGCACGUCCACAGACAUCACUUUACGCAGGGUCCUGGUCGGUCACAGGGCAGCUGUCAACGUUGUCGAUUUCGAUGAUAAGUACAUUGUAUCGGCUUCAGGAGAUCGGACGAUCAAAGUGAGAUCCAUUCUGUUGUUCCUGUCUUUUGGUGUCCGUCUAUCCUUUCCCAUUCUCUCCCAGAUGGGUACCAUUUCUUCAAACACCAAGAGCUCAUUCAGGCCCUCCAGCUUGCUCUGUUGCUCCCGGCUCACUGAGAUACCCCCUUCAUUUGCUCAUCCUGGUUUGAAUGCUGAGUAUAGACUGUGUGCGACCAGAUGGCUGCCCACUAACCAACUCUUGGCUCUGCCUUUGCAAUCAGCACCUUAUUAGACCAGCACCUCCAGGCACUGACUUGUUUCAGGACCAUCACAAAUUCCCUCUCUGCAGCCCUCAGCUCCCAGCUUUGAUCACUCCGUUCUCCCAACGUUUUCCCACUAGGAAGAGUUCCAAGAGUCCGUUGGGACCUGGAAGGUGGCCCAUUUUGUAGAGUGCUACAUUGGCCAAGCUCCCGCGCUGGUUUCAGUCUGUACCUGCCCACAUGAGGCAAAAGUGAAUGGCCUUUGGCCUGAGUAUGAUGCAGCAGAGAGGAAAUUGUCAGAAUGCGUCCAGUUCUCCUGCACAGUCAGUUCAUCCUGUGUGUAACAUGGUCAGGAAACUGCCAAAACCAGUGACAAGAUACAAACCAGAUUAACCCUUCAGCUGGUUUCGGGUCAGAGACAAAUAUUGGCUCAGGACACCGAGCAAGCUGUCUGAAACGUGUACGUUUUGACACCUAGUGUGAGAUAGCAAAUGCUGACAGGGCAGAGUGCUCUUGUUUGCUCAGAAUCAGUGCCUACGUUUGUGGGAACAGACUCGCCUGAGUUUACGAGCCAAGGCCAUUAUCCAGCUCUCUCUGUAUCGAAACUGCAGCAGCUCUUAGACGUUUGCUGCUUUCUGUUCGUUCUUUCAUUUAUCAGUACUAUCCCAACCUCAGUGCGAAUGUUCCUUCUGAUAUUUCUCCUCACUUCAGAUUCCCUCCUGAUAGUUGAAGGACUGAACACUUGCUGUUUGUGUUGUUGUAAACUGUUCUGGCAGCUUCACCUCCUUCUCAUCUCUCCUCUCUCUCUCUCUCUCUCUCUCUGUCUCGCUCUCUCUGUGUGUCUCUCUCACUCUCUCUCUGUGUGUCUCUCUCGCGCUCUCU